AUGGAGGCUAACUUUAAUUAACUUGACAUUCUCUUAAGAUUGAUUUAAGAAAGAUCUGAAGAUAUUCGAGUGAUGGCAACAAUAAAUUAAUAGGUUUAAGCUAAUUAAAAGAACUAUGAUGUUGAAUUCAAUUAAGUUUAACAAUCUCUUAGAUAAAUGGGAUUUAAAGUUAUAGCUAUGAAAAAGCAUGAUAAACCUCGUUAGGAUGAAGAAAACAAAAUUUUAGAAUAUCUUUCAAAAAUUACUACUUUAAAUCUUCCGGAAAGAAUGUAUAUUUAUAAAUUUUGUCAAACUAUAAUAAAACUAUUCAAACCAGAGAUGCAAAUAGUAAGAUUUAAUUAAAAAGAUACUAAAGAUCUAUUAUUAAUGUUUAAAUAGUAUUUCAUGGCGGAGAAUAAUAUAGAAAUUUUAUAAUAAAUUCAAUAACUUAUGAUGGAUUAGGAAUUUAAAGUAUUUUAUAUUAUCCUUAUUGCAGAUGACUUCAGCUUUAGUCUUAAUUAAGAUUUUAGUUAAUAAAUCUAGGGAAGAUUUUCAUAACUUAAUUUAAACUACAUCUGCAAUUGUUAUUUCAAAAAUAAAAGCAAAACUUUCUGAACAGUAACAACAUCAAAAACAAAUAGUUAAUGAAUAAUAAAAAUAAAUUGAUCUAUAAGACUCAGAAUCAAAUGAAAGUCCUAAAACUAAGUUGUGGAUAUAAAGAAAAACUAGUAAAUAGAGAGAAUAAUCAAACUCUUUGGUUUAUUAAAAGCCUGCUAUCAUCCUCAGAUCUGUCUCAAUGAUCGAUAAAUUACUAGUAGCUUAAUCUUAAUAAUAAUCUUAUCAACAACAAUUGAUGUAAUAACAAUAAUAAAUUUAUAUUAAUCCUGAAAGAGAAUUAAAAUUAUAAUUAAGAGCUCAAUAAAAAAAGUUAAAAAAAAGACUGCAUUCAAAUUACAAAGCAAUUUUAGAUUUAGAUUUUGAUAAUUUUUGGGCUAUGCAUAUUAUUUUGAAAAAAAAAUUCAUCAAGCAUUCUGAUAAAUAUUGUAAUUUAUAAAUAUAUAUAGUUUUACAAAGAGGGGGAUUUUACAUUUGGAGUUAAUUAAAGUUGUUUAAUCAAUCAAUUAGAUAGACUAUAAAUAACCAUCAAUUGAAAAGAAUAGAAUGUAUUUAGGCAGAUAAAUUGACAAAUGAGUAAAUUUAAGUAAUUCACAGAGUUUAUAAUACUACUUGUUAAUCACCAAGAAAGCUUCCAUAAUUACCUAAUUUAUAAUUAAAAUCAUAAAGUCCAUAAAUCAUAAAAUAAAAUAAGUUUGUCUCAAAUUUAUCUUUUUUGCCAUAGCUAUAAUUUAGAAAUUAACAACUUAUUUAAUAGCAAUAAUAAGCUUAUUAAUAAGUUUCGUAAAAACCAAUAUCAUAUUAUGAUCCAAAUAAAGAUUUUACAACAUCAGCCUAAAGAUCUAAUAAAUCAUUAAAUCUAUCCUAAGACUAGAUUCGCCGCAAAAAAUCUGAGCAUAAUUCCGAAAUAAUUCUCUACAAAUGA